ACGUAAUGACUCCUCGGUUCUGUCAAUUAUUAUUAUACCAGUGUUUAUAAGGAAGUUCGGUUUUAUUUGAAAACACUAACUUGGAUACAUUUAUUAAAGGCUGAAGUUGUAUUUCUGUACUAUAGCUGCACCUACUUCAAUUUUGCAAAAUGCCAAGAGUUGAACCUCUGUUUCUGAGGGAUUUUUUGUAUCCAUCUCUACGACGUAACCGGUUCCCAGGGUUACUGCAAUGGACAAACGAAGCAGAAAAAGAAUACGAAGUGAAAUGGAGUCAUAAAAGCAGUGGAGGAUGGCAGGUUUCGGAGUUUGAACAUUUUGCGGAAUGGGACAGGUUGAAAGGUAACUAUAGUCCAGAAAGUGCAGAAUACUGGACUUUGUCCAAACAAAGAUUUCGGAAUACGCAUCGAAAACUAGAAAUCCAUGGAAAAGUCAAAAGGCUUCCAGGUAGAAGAGGAUAUAGAAAGUACAAGAUCUGCAGCAGUUCAGAAGUCAUUGAUAAAAGGAAGGAGAACAUCUUCGAGAAGCCUCAAGAAACUAAGAUGAAAAGCAGACGGCCGGUUAUCUUAAAGGUUGGCAAAGCCAUGCAAGCAUACCAGACUGGCAUAAAUGAAACCGAGGGUUUGGGUAAUACUGUUUUCGAAAAUGCACAUGUUACCUCACUUUUUGAUUUAGAAACUGACAACGAACAAUACUUAGAGAUACAGGAUUGUUUUUCGAAGAAAAAGCUGGAAUCAGACAACCACGAAGCGUUUCUAUCCAACGCCGUUCCAGAUACCAUGACUCUGUGUAUCGACAUUAAUGACCCACUCUUGAGUAUGUUUCCAAGCGUUUUUAUGACGAUGAAAGAAACAGUGAGCUCUGAUGAUAAGGAGAAUCAUUUUGCAAUAGACGAAGGCAUCGGUGACAUGCCAAAAACCAAGAAAGAGGAUGUGUUUUAAGAGAAAUAUUCAAAUCCAUUGAAUAAUAUGUUAAAUUCACACAAGCUCAACCGUCAUCUCAAACUGAAAGGAAAGUAUGAUUAGUUAUAUCGAAAUACGUAGAAGUCAUACAAGAAAAUAACUUCAAGUUAAAACCUUAUUUUGAAAAUGAAGAGUUCCUGCUUGGAAUGAAUUUAUUUUGACAUUUAUAUUAAAUGAUUCCUUUUAUCUUAUAAGUUGUGACAAAAACAAGUGUUUUUGAUAUAAAAUUGAAUUUCAAACAAUAAUGAUUAUUGUAAGUGUUGUUUUUACACACUUCUGCUUUGAAAUUCGUAAUGAACAGACAAAAAAAGGAAUGUGAAAGUAAUAAUUGCAGUCAAAUGUGAUUUUUAUUACGAUAUUAGGCCUAUCAAAUUAUAAGUAAACUAAAAUUUAGGAAUAAUAAGUAAAUCAAAUGAAGUUGUGGUGUUUUUUAAUAAAAAAACAUCAAUUGUUUUCUAUGGUAACUAUGAAAAAAAACUGAUUGAGUAGCAAACUGGAUAUUCCUUGGUAAAAGAGUAACCCAAGAGUGGUGGUGAUGACUGUCUGCCUUCCUUCUAGUCUUUCACUACUAAAUUAAGGACGGCUAGUGCAGAUAGCCCUCGUACAGCUUUGCGUGAAAUUUACCUCCCCCCCCCCAAGACAUUCUUGACAACCCCACAAAUAUAUUCUUAACUUUCUGACAUCAUCCAAAAUUGUCGAAUUCAGUUAACGAAUUAAAGUUUUCUUUAACAGUUAUCUAUGUUGCUGACCCCUGACCAGCAUCAAAAUCAGGUUGCAAAGGUCGAACAGGAAUCUGUUUUCCAUCCUUAUUGAUUACCACCGAAGUGAUAUUCUAAUUCUUAAAAUUGCACGAAUUUUUCUUCUAGGAUCCAUUUAACUGCAUCGUUUUCAAUACAUCCUAUAAUAAAAUGUGUGGGUAAUUGACCCCAAAAGGCAUUAUCAAUAGAGGUAUCUAAGUGUCCCUGUGGAACAGAAAUACCUUGCACACUAUAUAUUUUAAAGGAUAUUUAGCCUUUCCUUGCUGAAAUGCUUUAGAAUGCGACGGAAUGAUGGAUAGACUGAUCUAGACCUUUCGAACAUGGAUAGAAACGUGAUGAAGAACAACCUUGAAUCUAGAUUCAUCAUUGGACAUAAUACAAAAAGAAUCUUCACUUUGUACGUGACGUGUCGUUGUUUUAACUUUACUCCAUUGGGCAAGAAUUUGUUCUGGGAAAAAAAGUUCUAAUCUAGAUGACCGAUCAUCUCGUCUACCACAUAUCUCUACGUAUCGAUCUUGGAUCCCAUCAUUCUCACCAUCAUUAAACUCGAGAUUGUCAAAAGUAUCCGCCAUGUUUUUUACCCACAUAGACAAAGUCAAAUUACUUCUCUUAGCUUCUCCACUAUAACCCAGUAAAGUUUAUAUGUAGGCUUUAUAAGAUUGUGAAGAAUGUUAGACGAAGAAAUUAUCUGGUCAUUCUGGUGUACAUCCACUUGAAAAGUAGAAAAUGAAGCAAGAGGGAAUCCUCAGUAGCCGGGGCACUAUGAGGCAGAAUUAAAGUAAAUUAAUCUAUGAGACCUUUCUAACUUUUGUAUUAGCUAUGUUUUUUGCGCCAUCAAUACCAAGCGUGGGGCGCUGGUAUAUCCGAUUCGAUUUUAUUAUUCAUCAGGAUCUCUAUUAGCCUUCCCUCAAAUUGAAAUUCUUUAAGGCAGGAUUAUAAUAAAUUAACCUAUGAGACCUUGAGCGUGGUCAAAUGAAUACACCAAAUGAAAGGGUUUCACUUUCUGAGUCCAAAACUGUAAUUAGAUCUCAAAUCGGUCAAGAGAUGACGGAGCUAUGAGCUAAAAGUUUGUACUUGU